GCGGUCGUCGCCGACGACCCGUCCGUCGCUCGUUCGUGCUCGUUCUCGGUCGGCCAGUACGUCGACGCGGUGCGCGCAGCUGCGCGCCAGUGCACGCGACUCGCUGCUGUUCUCCCUUUUCUCUGCCUUUCUCUCUCUCUUUCUUCUUGUCUCUCCGCUGUCUCUACCGCCGACCGAAUCAACCGGGCGAAGGAUGGCCGACCCGGAGAUCGAAAUGCAUUACACACCACCGACGUCGGACACCAUCCAGACGAAGCCAUUCCCGAUCCGAGGUGAGCGCGCGAAUUUCGUGAACAAGCCCCACGUGAUCGCGAUGGUUGGUCUACCGGCCCGUGGCAAGACCUACAUAUCGAAGAAGCUGUGUCGUUACUUGAAUUGGAUCGGCAUCAGCACGAAGGUCUUCAACCUGGGCGAGUACAGGCGACACGCCACUACGGCCUAUCAGUGCCACGAGUUUUUCCGUCCCGACAAUAUAAAGGCCAUGGCAAUACGCACGCAAUGCGCGAAGGAUGCCCUGAACGACGUCUGCCAGUGGCUGGAGAGCGGCGACGGCGAGGUGGCCGUUUUCGACGCCACUAAUUCCACGGUCGAGAGGCGCCAGCUGAUACGCGACAUCGUCGUCCGCAAGAUGGGCUUCAAGCUCUUCUUCGUCGAGUCGGUGUGCAAUGAUCCGGAGAUCGUCGAGCAGAACAUUAUGGAAGUGAAAGUGAGUAGUCCAGAUUACGCGAAUAUGAACAAAGAGGAAGUGCUCGCGGACUUUAUGCUGCGAAUCGAGCACUAUCAGGAACGAUACCACCCGUUGGAUGAAGAGCGCGAGAACGAUCUAUCGUUUAUGAAAAUAUACAACACCGGCGAGAAGGUGCUGGUCCAUAAGCACGAAGGCCAUAUACAAAGUAGAAUAGUUUACUACCUCAUGAACAUUCAUAUUGUGCCACGCACGAUUUACUUGACCAGGCACGGUGAGAGCCUGAUGAAUCUCGACGGCAGGAUAGGCGGCGAUUCGGACCUGAGCGAGCGGGGACGCGAGUACGCCAAAGCAUUGGCUGAUUACAUCACCAAUCAAGAUAUACAGGGUUUAAGAGUGUGGACUAGCUGGCUGAAAAGGACCAUUCAAACCGCGGCUGACGUAAAGGCACCGCAAGAAAGGUGGAAGGCGCUCAACGAGAUUGAUGCUGGUAUAUGUGAAGAGAUGACUUACGAGGAAAUCUCCAGCAAGUAUCCUACGGAUUUCGCCGCAAGAGACCAGAACAAAUUCUCUUAUCGUUAUCCGAGAGGGGAGAGUUACGAGGACCUCGUCGCGCGGCUGGAACCCGUGAUAAUGGAGCUAGAGCGACAGGGUAACGUUCUUGUCGUCAGUCAUCAGGCGGUUCUUCGCUGUUUGCUGGCUUACUUCCUGGACAAGAGCGCAGAUGAGUUACCGUAUUUGCAAGUACCUCUGCACACCAUCAUAAAAUUAACGCCAGUCGCUUACGGCUGUAAGGUGGAGCACAUCCGAUUGCCGAUAGAAGCCGUGGACACCCAUCGGCCGAAACCAAAGAUCCCGGGGUACCUGGAAGAACGAUUCCGAGGAAAAGGCAAGGUGCUAUGCACGUGAUAGCAACGAUUUUGUAAGCAUGGUGCAGCUAUUUCCUACCGUUGAUAUACCCGAGACGCUGAAGCAGCAUAGAUUCGGCAACUGGCUGUCCCCUCCCGCGUAUGUAAGAUAUCGUCGCGUGAAGUCUUUUCUUCCCACGUGUUCGACUACCUAGAGACGAGGAAAGAGAGAGAGAGAGAGCCGAUCGCGAGUAACGAUUAACGCGGUGGGCUUUGCGGUAGCGCGCGUAAUCUGUGACUUUUGUAUUUCUUGGUAUCGGUGCGUCUCAGGUAGAGAGUAUACGUGCUACUACACGGCGAUAUCGUCGAGGAUUCCCGGAGCAUGUACGUACAUACACACGCCUAGUGUAAGACGUGCGUCUCUUCUAGGUCGCAGUUCAGAUGCUGAAUUCUCUGCUGUUAUCAGCGAUGCGGUGAACGUUACUCGCGCUUUCCUUGGUCAAUGAGCGCGCUUUAAAGUAUUUAUUCCCUGCAGUAUGAAACAUACGUUGUGACAAUAUACAUGUUACAUAUACACAAACACAUACAUACAUACACACGUGUAGCAAAUUAGAGGUUCCAUUAUUGCUCGAUAAAUACUUCAAGGUGUCCUUGUUUGCGGACUCGAAGUCAAGUGUACAUUAAUGUUCUUACAUGCAUAUCGUAUUUGCACCAUUAUUUCGGAUUCAUUGUCAGAAUACUCGUACUCGUUCUUCCAUAAAGCGACUCGAGGCAAGUCCAAAUAUUAUAAACUGUGACAUUGAUAAUAAUACUCGAUUACGUAAGACUAUGGGACGAUCCUUGGACAUGGUACAAUAGAUAUUGUGCGAUAAGCAGCUCGCUUUUUCGCGUGAGCUGUAUCGGAUACAAUACAAUUUAAUCUGUUACCUAAUGUAUACGUCACAAUCUCAUACAUUAAGCAGCUGAACUACGGACUUCGAUUAUCGAUACAUAUGUAUCUCAUUGAGAGACAUAAUAAAUAACACAUGCGAUUUUA